AUGAGAUCACCUAGAAAACUACUCAAACAGUUGUCAAUCUCGAGAGGAGAACGUCGUCGCCGAUCCAACGAAAAUCAGGCAAACGGAAACGGGUCAACACCGCCAACCUCAGCCAACAAUAUGAAUAUGAUCUCGCCAAAUCAGGUUCCCGCUUCACCCAGACUCAGUCCAAACGAAUGGCAGUUCGCUUUUGACCACGUCAUCUACGAUGUCGACGGUCGUGCACAGUUCACAAAGUUCUUGCAAUCAGAAUAUUCAGAAGAGAAUAUCUUGUUCUGGUGGGCUGUUGAAGAGCUCAAAGCAGUCGGUGUCUCCGAAGGACGUGCCAAAUUCGAGUCGACUGUACAGGAGAUGUACGACACAUUUAUCGCCGCCGAGUCACCACUUGCCAUCAAUAUUGAUCAUGAUACGAGGACUGAUAUUAUUGGAUUAGUCGAAGGAAAGGAUCCAUCCACAUUCCCAGAGAACAUCUACGAGCGGGCACAAGCACAUGUAUAUCGUUUGAUGGAGAAGGACUGCUUCUCCCGUUUCGUUCACACGAACGCCUACAAGGACGUGGCAAAAAAGUUGUCACUUCCGCAGACAUUUCGUUUCAACUGCAUCCGACUCCAGCCGGGAGCAGCGGGAGCGACAGCAACAGCGACCAAUUAA